CGAAUAAUGGCGGCGGAUGAAGGAUAAACCAUAGUUUCUUGAUGAAAACAGGACCAUAAUAUUACCGCCAAAAGAAAAGCGGGAAAUACAAUCAGUUYUAGACUCAAAAUGAACGAAAGAAAACUGUUUCUUUGAAGUGUGUAAAAAGAGACACAGUACGGUGCUACUGGUGGAAAACUAGACAAUGCAUGCCUAGCUUGCCUUACAAGUCUGAAUUUAUGUUUGACCAUGGACAACGACGAAGGAGCAGACAUGGAUGUUGAUAGAAGCGCAGAGGAUAGAACUGCCCUGGUUGAGCUUAGCAGCAGCACUGAGAAAGACCAAGAGGACAGUUCCUCUAAUUGUAGUUCUAAUAUCAUUCAAAUCCGUUCUGAUGCGUUUAUAAAGGAAAAACCAAGUGAAAAAGAAGAUAUUGAAGAUGAAGAUCCAAACUGUAUCACUAGUAUUGAAGACAGAGAUGGUGAACAGUGUAUCGAUAGUAAUGCAUUAUUAGAGUCAAGAGGAUCUUCAUGUGAUGCAAAUGUUUAUGGAAGACUCUACCUCGGAGACAAUGGAUCUCAAGUAAUAUUCUAUAACAGUGCUGUCAGUGAGUGUUCAUCAGAAAACAUGGAACAUGCUUCAGAAAGUGACAAAAAUUCUGUUAUUGACUCCAAUCCUAGCGAGGGAGAACUUGUUGUUGAAGACAACAAGAAACCUUCACCCUCCCACUCCAAGCAUGCAUCAAAGAGCAGCUCUGCAGAGAAGUCUUACAUCUGUCCCGUCGAAGGGUGUGGUCGAAAUUUUACCUCAUCUGGGCAUCUGAAGUAUCAUCACAGCACCCAUAGUGGUGAAAAACCUUUCAAGUGUCAGCACCCUGGAUGCGAAAGAAUGUUUGCAUGGCCUGCRCAUUUAAAGUAUCACUUGAAAACACACUCAGGUGAUCGGCCAUUCAAAUGUACCUUYGAAGGGUGUGGCAAGACGUUUUACGUACUGCAGAGGUUGAAUGUGCACCUGAGAGUCCAUACKGGUGAACGACCRUAUACUUGUAAGGUGGAGAAUUGUAUGAAGUCUUUUACAACUGCAGGAAAUUUGAAGAAUCAUAUGAGAAUACAUACAGGUGARCGUCCAUAUGUUUGCCCCUUCGUAACCUGUGGUAGAUCUUUUACUGAGCAUUCAAGUCUGCGCAAGCACAAGCUUCGCCACACUGGUGAGAAGCCAUAUUUAUGUGAGAUAUGUGGCAAGUGUUUCAGCCAAAGUGGAAGCAGAAAUGCACAUGAGAAGCGACAUGCUCUUGAAAGUCCCCCGAGAUUCAAAGGCUCGGCUUCAAUAAGUGUUGUACAUAAAGAUGAGGAACUGGAUGAAAGCCAACAGGAUUCACAUUCAGUGGAUUCAGGUGAAGAACAUGAAACAAAUCUUAUUUACUCUUCUGAUAUGGGAUGUAAGAUAAGCACAUCAGAUCAAGCCAUUCUUGCGCAGCCAAUAGUUGCCAAGGAAGUCUCCAUAGAAACUACCCCUGUGCAAUCAUUGCAAACUGUCGUGCAGAAUGUUGCUGAAGAGUUGAUUUCCAAUCAACAAGUUUUACCACACUCCAGUGCAUGUGUUGUCUCCUUAGCUGAAACCGUGGUUGCGCAGCAAGCUCUAAUUCAGUCUAUGUUGGACGGGACGGCUGUCGUCCCAGUUACCCAAUCAGGUUCAUCAGAUGAAUUAACUGUAGUAGAUCAUACCCUUCAUCAAGAGGUUGAACAAAUAAUGCAGAGUGUCGUCAGUCACCAUAUCCUUGGUAGUCAGAUACAGUUACCAAUCAGUGGUGACGAUGAAACGCAUGAACAAGGCACUCUGACUGUCGAAGUACCAACAUACAUGGUACACUCACAUUCACAAAAUGUCUUGCUUGAUCAGGAGCAUGAAGAUAUCAACUCCUUAGAGAAUGACGAGAGAACAAUGAUAGUUACAACAGAAUCCAAUGAAGAAAUCUUACAAUAGUUUUUCAUUCAAAAAAAUCCGAGGGUCUACAUUUGACAAUGAAGUUCAUUUAUGUACAAAUAUUAGUCUUUACAUUUUCCAAGUGAGAGMUUAGUAAUAUUGUGCAUGAAAUAAGUUUACAGUGCAAUACUUGCUUGCAAAUUCUCUCAUGAUAUAUUAAAAUCAUCCAAAUCUUAGACAUGCACUGUGACCUUUGAUAUUUGGCUGGUACCCACUAGGAAACCCCACUAGCGACAUAAAGAUCAUAACAUCAUUCAAUUCGAAAUCACAGGUAAUUUCUGCAAUCYGAUUGGCUCUCAGCAGUGCAAGAAUCACAAAUCGUACCAUUUUGAGUUUUAAAUUGUACUCUUGAAGAGCCAAUGAAACUGCAGAAAAAUAGAAAUUGACCAAUCAGAUAUUUUAGGUAAAAUUUAAUCUUAAAUGUAUUAUUGCAGGAAUUGAACAUUGUGUUGUGCAAUUUUGGUCUGAAAUCAAACUUGUGAUUAACAAAAUUGUAAUCAUUCAUUUCAGACCAAAUUGCACUCCACUCAGUACCAAUUACCAUCAUUAAUCAUAAAAAUAACCUGCCUUAUGAAAAUGCUCGGUUUUUUUUWAAAUGUUAUGAUUGUCGGCUUCCAGUUAGUCAUAUCUGUCAAGACUACUAAAACCAGUCUUUUAAUAAGUGCAUUGCAAUAAACCACUGACAAUCAAAUAAAAUCUGGCACUGUUUUAUUGCAACCACUUUCUUUCUGAUAAAACCCCACGACACCCCAAUAAACUACGCCACUUUGUUCCUCAAAUCAACUUUAUUUUUAUCUCAACAAAUGAUCUUCCAAACAGAUACCAAUAGUCUUUAUUUACAAAAUAAUCUUAAAAGUAAUCAAAUUAACAUGCCAAGAAAUAGAAAGGUGAAUACUGCCAAAAUAUAAGUUUCCAAAAUAUUAUGGUAAUCCAUAGGCCAAAUUAAUGCCAAAGAAAUGCUUGUUACAGAUUGCAAUGAAGGGUGUUUACAUUAGUAUUCUUAGUAUGCUUGUGUUGUUAUUGCUGUUGUAUUCUGUUUAUUACUCAUGUAAUAUUACAAUUUGAGUGAUAUUUACUUUGUUUAGUGUGUUAUGCUGCUGU